AUGUUUUCACGAUAUUUAAUUCUCUACCUUGUAUUAUCAACUAUGAUAAUCGAGGUAUAAGGUGGAUAAACUGCGUUAUCUACUUGUUUUGGUAAAUUAAUUCCAGCUGUGUUGAAAUGUUUUGGGAGCAAAGUAAUUGGACUUAAUAUGAACAAAGUGAAGCACAUAAUGAACUCGAAACAUCUCCUUGAUAAAUUAGAUCCAGCUGAUGUAAUUUAUGAUGUGGUUAAUGUUGUUGCUUCUAAUAUUCCUUAAAAAAAAUUUAUUGAUAUUCUCCUUACUUCUGGUUUGAUAAUUAGAAUCACUGUUAAUUUAUUAGUUAGCGGUGAGGUUGGGAUUGGAACUGGAUACGUAAUCGAAAAAAUUGCAGAUGCUAUUGAAAAACAGUGCUGA